UCCACCACAAGAACACUUCCUAAGGCCGGCUGCCCGCGGAGGGACUCUGUGUCCUGGGGCUGCUGGGGCCAGGACUGGACAAUGCCCCUGCCUGCGGCUUUCCCAGCUGCCAGAACCCAGCUGGGACCAGGCCCACCCCAGCUCCUGCCCCCAGGGAUCCACGUGGGAUGGGACACAUCCCAGAUGUGACGGGAGAUUUAUGAGCUGGGCCACAUCAUAGGCAAACAAACACCCCUAAUCCUGGCAGACUCCAGCUCUCAGCAACACGGAAGGGGAAGCUGUGGGCCCGGCGACAACAAGGCGGGGGGGAAUAAAAGCCCGAGAACCCCAGCACCUCACAGGCUCACUCCCUCAUCCACUCCCUCCCUCACCCUCCGCCAAUUCAACCCCAGCAUGGCCGCGUCCACCGUGUCCCUCUGCUCCAGCAACAUGAGCUACGGCAGCCGCGUCUGCCUUCCUGGUCCCUGUGACUCUUGCUCCGACUCCUGGCAGGUGGACGACUGCCCAGAGAGCUGCUGUGAGCCCCCCUGCUGCACCCCGAGCUGCUGCACCCUCGCCCCCUGCCUGACCCUGGUCUGUACCCCAGUGAGCUGUGUGUCCAGCCCCUGCUGCCAGGCAGCCUGUGAGCCCAGCCCCUGCCAAUCAGGCUGCACCAGCUCCUGCACACCCUCGUGCUGCCAGCAGUCUAGCUGCCAGCCGGCUUGCUGCACCUCCUCCCCCUGCCAGCAGUCCUGCUGCGUGCCCGUCUGCUGCAAGCCCGUCUGCUGCAAGCCUGUGUGCUGUGUGCCUACCUGUUCUGGGGAUUCCUCUUCAUGCUGCCAGCAGUCUAGCUGCCAGCCAGCCUGCUGCACCUCCUCCCCGUGCCAGCAGUCCUGCUGUGUGCCUGUCUGCUCCAAGCCUGUCUGCUGCAAGUCCCUCUGCUGUGUGCCUGUGUGCUCUGGGGCUUCCACUUCAUGCUGCCAGCAGUCUAGCUGCCAGCCAGCUUGCUGCACCACCUCCUGCUGCAGACCCUCCUCCUCUGUGUCCCUCUUCUGCCGCCCCGUGUGCAGGUCCACCUGCUGCGUGCCCGUCUCCUCCUGCCAGGCCAGUUGCUGCCGCCCGGCCUCCUGCGUGUCCCUCCUCUGCCGCCCCGUGUGCUCCCGCCCGGCCUGCUACAGCCUCUGCUCUGGCCAGAAGUCCAGCUGCUGAUGGCGCUGAAUGUCAUCCAGAGUCCCUUCCCACCUGGGGCUGACCUCCCAGCGGGCCCAGCUAGCUCCUCCCUCUCUGGCAUUGACACCCUGAGAAGAUGGGGCAGGCUCUUUGUCUCAGGGACCAGGAUGCUCCCCCAGUCCUUCCCAGAUGCUGGCUGCACAAGGGACCCCAGCUACUCCCCCAGACCCAAG